CGGAACUUUUCCCACGUCGCACAGAAAUAGAAACAAUGCAACACAAAAACAUGAAAGUUCAGAACCUGUGAAGAAUGGACGUUAGAAUCGUUUUCUGGAUUUUUGUUGCGGUUUUACUGCCAGAGAUGGCCGCUGGGGAGAUGGUGAACAUCCCCGGAGGAAAGCUGGUGAUGGGAACCAUAGCGGCGGACGGCAGAGACGGAGAGUCCCCCGUCAGGGAGGUCGAGGUGCAGUCUUUCAGAAUAGACAAAUAUCCGGUCACAAAUUCACUUUUCAGAGACUUCGUGCGAGAAGAGAAGUAUAAAACUGAAGCUGAAACAUUUGGAUGGAGUUUUGUGUUUCAAGACUUUGUUUCAGGUGAACUGAAGAGCAAAGUUACUCAGAGAAUUGAGUCUGCCCCCUGGUGGUUACCCAUAGAACGAGCAUUUUGGAGACAACCUGCAGGGCCGGGUUCAGGCAUUCGGGAGCGUCUGGACUUCCCGGUGGUUCAGGUGAGCUUGAAUGAUGCGCUGGAGUUCUGCAGGUGGAAAGGCAACAGACUGCCCACAGAGGAGGAGUGGGAGUGGGCUGCUCGUGGAGGGCUGCAGGGUCGAACGUAUCCGUGGGGGAACAAGUUCCAGCCUAACAGGACCAACCUGUGGCAGGGACAGUUUCCAGAUGGGGACACUGCAGAGGACGGAUAUCAUGGCACCUCGCCUGUCACUGCAUUUCCCCCUCAGAACAGUUACGGACUGUACGAUAUGAUGGGAAACACGUGGGAGUGGACGUCCUCACCAUUCCCGGCAGCUCGGCCGACGUACGUUUUACGCGGCGCCUCUUGGAUCGACACGAUAGACGGUUCAGCCAAUCACAAGGCUCGGAUCACAACCAGGAUGGGUAACACUCCGGAUUCUGCCUCUGAUAACCUGAGCUUCCGGUGUGCUGCCAGUCUGGGACAAAAACAAGCCAAGAGGCACGACAAAGCUGAACUAUAGCAACAAAGUGUUCUUUUUUAAUUAAUAUGAUUAAAAGUAAAUGAAAAGAAAUCAUUUAAAUGAGUGACAGAUUCAGUACAAAUAAAAGGACUCCAAUAGAAUGGAACUGGGCUUCUUUUACUGGUUCUUGGAAAAAGUCCAGUUGUUUUGUGUUGAAGCACCAAGGACCACCAUGAGAGGGACCACAGGGAGUCUAAACACUUGUGAAGAAGCAACUAUAUCUCUCCUGUGGAGAAAUUUAUUUUUACACUGAAAUUCAACAAAUAAACACAUUUAAAAAAGG